CUUGUCAACAUGAAAAGUAAGUCCUUCUUAACAAGCACAUUCUGGCCUACUUCAUGUCCCUCUCGGCCUCUAGCUUGGGGCCCCAAGCUAGAGGCUGAAAGCAGGAAGAAGGAGAAGGAAUUUGGGCAUUAAGCAAGGAAUUAGAAGAGAUUUAGAAAUCUUGUGCGAAAUUUUAGGAUAGGACUUUGGCCAGUUGAGGAAAUUGAGAGGAGUUUAGGAUGAUUAGAAGGGUGUUUGGGUGGUAAGCGGGACUGGAAGGGAGGGUUGGAAGAUCUUGAAGAAAUCUGAUGGGAAUUGGGCAAAUUUUGGGGGUGUUGCAGAUUUGAUAUGAUUAAUGUUGUUACUAGUGUUGUAAAACUUGUUUAGGAAGAGUAAGAAUUUUCUCUCCAGAAGAUAUUAGAAGAAUUUUAAAUUAUGAUAAAACUGAUCUUAAAGAAGGAAAACUUCCGGCUUUUGAUCAUCCACCUGAAGAUUAUGAAUCAAUGCCAGAAGAGGAUAAAGGAUGGAUAGCUAUCGCUAAAUCUGUAGUAGAUCCCGAGUGCAGAUACAGAAAAAUCAUUCAAGGGAUAAUGAAGCAUAAACCAGGAGAAGAGGUGGUUAUUAACAAGCAGAAGAAAGCCACAAGGAGUUAUAAGAGUAAAUAAGCAUAAUAUGAAGUUCAAAAUGUGCAGCAAAUACGACAUCCUUGAUACCUCCCAAGGCAAUACAUAUUCUAAAAAAAGCAAAAGAGGCAUGGCAAAGAUCCUCUCCAACCAGUCUCUUGAUAAGAAAUUAUUAGACCAUAUCACCAGCAAAUCUGGGAAAGGGACAUCAUCUAAUAACUUAAGUGAACUGACAAAGUCUCAGAAGCAUUCUGAAAAGAAAGAGGAAGUGCCUAUAAAACAUAAAAGGAGGUCUUCCAUUCGAAAAUUGAAAAGGCCAACACUAACCGUUACUAAACUAAAAGAUCAUAGUUUCAAACAUAGACUUACUGUUGAUGGUGGAGCUGGAAGCCCACUAAGAUCCUCAUUUGGAAACAACAUGAACAAUAUGAUCAAAGAGAUCAGACUUUUCAGUGAUAACGACUCAGUGAGUGAAGGAGGAGAUUAUAUCAGGAAGCCAAAAUAGUUCAUUCCAUCAGAAAUUUGAUAUAAAAGAGUGGUACCACAAACUUUGAUCACAAAAUACCCAUAUUGCAUGUAGAAAAAGAGCUUGAAUGGAGUACACUUUUACAUCACAUUACCCGAAUAUCGUUGUAAAAACCCGAAAUCAGAUGCACAGAAGGAUAAAAUCUCCUGAAAUAAGCGUCAGUCUCUUAAUGGAAAGAGGGAUCAAAAGGCGGUAUCUAAAAGGGGCGACUUCCACGGAAAACAUCUCGAUCAGGAAGCUCCUUAAAGAAAAAGCAAGGAGUCCCCUCAAUUAG